AUUGUGUAUUUGCCGACGAAGCAAAAAAUCAACCCUCAUCUAUAUAGCCGCAGCAAUUAUUUGGUGGAGCUAUCUAUCCCGCCAUGAAAACACUCCAUCCUCUCACCUCCUUCGCACAUCUACACAUCUCCUGCAAUCAAAACCUCUCUAUUUCUUCAUCCAGAAACGCCCAUUCGAACCUCAAUUUAAGCUUUUGUUGCUUCAAAUCACUUCGCACACUCACUCCAAAUCAUUCAAAGCAAUUUCGAGCCUCGUACAAGUUUCCGAAGUCACUUUUCUCCGCAGAGCCACAGCUCUCCGAUGCCGACGAAGAGGAGGAGGACGAUGAGGAAGACGACGACGAUGACGACGAAGAAGCGGCUGAGGAGUACGAAGACUUCUCCGGCGAGGUUUCCGACGGUGCGGAACAGAGCGAAGAUGAAUUUGAAAUCUCAGUGGACGAUGUCUCGGAAACGAAGUCUCGGUUCGAGGAAUUCAAGUGGCAGAGAUUUGAGAGGCUUCGAAACGAAGUCAGAGAGUUCGGAGAGGAAAUUAUCGAUGUCAAUGAACUCGCUUCAGUUUAUGAUUUCCGCAUUGAUAAAUUCCAGCGAUUGGCGAUUCAAGCGUUCUUGAGAGGUUCGUCAGUUGUAGUGUCUGCGCCGACGAGCAGCGGCAAGACUUUGGUAGCCGAAGCUGCAGCAGUUGCAACAGUGGCGAGAGGAAGGAGAAUUUUCUACACCACUCCUCUUAAGGCGCUAUCAAAUCAAAAAUUUCGCGAGUUCCGUGAGACAUUUGGUGAUAACAGUGUUGGUCUUCUUACUGGAGAUUCUGCUGUCAACAAAGAUGCUCAGGUUUUAAUCAUGACUACUGAGAUUCUGCGCAACAUGUUGUAUAAGAGCAUUGGGAUGGUUUCAUCUGAAAGUGGACUAUUUCACGUUGAUGUGAUUGUUUUGGAUGAAGUGCAUUAUCUAAGUGACAUUUCUCGGGGUACAGUUUGGGAAGAGAUAGUUAUCUAUUGCCCAAAAGAAGUUCAACUCAUAUGUUUGUCCGCAACAGUUGCGAAUCCAGAUGAAUUAGCUGGCUGGAUUGCUCAAAUUCAUGGUAAAACUGAGUUGGUGACAUCAUCCAAGCGUCCAGUUCCAUUGACUUGGCACUUCUCCACAAAGACAUCAUUGGUACCUCUUCUGGAUGAGAAAGGAACAAGCAUGAAUAGGAAGCUGUCACUCAACUAUCUACAACUUAGUUCAUCUGGAAUUAAACCAGACAAGGAUGAGCGACCUAGAAGAAGGUUUUCAAAAAAACGUGAAAGUGACAUGAGCUACAACACUAAUGCUAAUAUGAAUGAACAAUUUCUAUCAAAGAAUGACAGAAACACCAUUCGCCGCUCACAAUUUCCAAUAUUUCAGGUUCCUCAAGUUAUAGAUACAUUGUGGCACCUUCACUCAAGGGAUAUGCUACCAGCAAUUUGGUUUAUCUUUAGUAGGAAAGGAUGUGAUGCAGCUGUCCAGUAUCUUGAAGAUUGCAAACUUCUAGAUGAGUGUGAGAUGAGUGAGGUUGAACUGGCCUUGAAGAGGUUUCGUAUUCAGUAUCCUGAUGCUUUCAGGGAGUCUUCCAUGAAAGGCCUUCUGCGAGGGGUUGCUGCACACCAUGCUGGCUGUCUACCUCUUUGGAAGUCAUUUGUAGAAGAGUUGUUUCAGCGUGGGCUUGUUAAGGUUGUUUUUGCUACAGAAACGCUUGCUGCUGGUAUCAACAUGCCUGCUAGGACAGCUGUUAUCUCAUCUCUCAGCAAAAGGAGUGAGAGUGGACGUAUUCAAUUAAACUCAAAUGAAUUGCUUCAAAUGGCUGGGCGUGCUGGACGAAGAGGCAUUGAUAAACGGGGUCAUGUAGUUCUUUUGCAGACUCCGUAUGAGGGGGCUGAAGAAUGCUGCAAGCUUCUCUUUUCUGGACUUGAACCUCUUGUUUCACAAUUUACUGCCUCAUAUGGGAUGGUGUUGAAUCUUCUUGCGGGUGGAAAAGUUACUCGUAGAUCAAAUGAAUCGGAUGACAUGAAAGCUUCCCAAGCAGGACGAACUUUGGAAGAAGCAAGGAAGUUAGUUGAACAGAGCUUUGGAAAUUAUGUGGGGAGCAAUGUUAUGCUGGCCGCAAAAGAGGAGCUUACUAAAAUACAGAAAGAGAUUGAAAUGCUUACUUCAGAAAUUAGUGAUGAAGCUAUUGACAGAAAGAGCUGGAAGCUGCUAUCGGAUAGGGCAUAUAAGGAGAUUGCUGAUCUGCAAGAAGAAUUAAGGGCAGAAAAAGUUCUACGGACUGAACUGCGGAGAAGGAUGGAAAUUGAAAGAAUUUCUGCUUUCAGACCUCUAUUGGAGGAGUUGGAAGAUGGACAUUUGCCUUUUAUGUCUUUGCAAUAUAAUGAUGCUGAAGGUGUUCAACAUUUAGUUCCAGCUGUUUUUUUGGGAAAGGUUGAUUCUCUAGAAGGUUCUAAACUCAAGAACACCGUUUAUGCUGAUGAUUCUUCUUCAUUGAAUGUAGUCAGACCAGAAUUUUAUUGUGGUGAUACUGAAAAGAAACACAAUAUCAAACUAUCUUAUUAUGUGGCCCUCGGUUCAGAUAAUUCUUGGUAUCUUUUCACAGAGAAGUGGAUUAAAAAAGUGUAUAAAACAGGCUUACCUAAUGUUGCCUUGGCUCAUGGUGAUGCUUUGCCUCGGGAGAUUAUGAGGAUGCUACUUGACAAGGAGGAAAUGCAGUGGCAGAAACUAUCAAAUUCUGAACUUGGUGGUUUUUGGAGCAUGGAAGGAUCUCUAGAAACGUGGUCUUGGAGCUUAAAUGUGCCUGUGUUGAGUAGUCUUUCUGAAGAUGAUGAGGUUUCACAAUUUUCACAAGCAUACCAUGCUGCAGUAGAAUCUUACAAGGACCAAAGAAACAAAAUCUCACGUUUAAAGAAAAAGAUAUCACGUACAGAAGGCUUUAGAGAAUAUAAGAAGAUCGUAGACAUGGCUAAGUUUACUGAGGAAAAAAUUCGGCGCUUGAAGGCUAGAUCAAAUCGCUUGAUUGGUAGAAUAGAGCAAAUUGAGCCAUCUGGCUGGAAGGAGUUUCUGCAGGUUAGCAAUGUCAUACAUGAAGCCAGAGCAUUGGAUAUCAAUACACACAUGAUAUUUCCUCUUGGUGAAACUGCAGCUGCAAUUCGAGGAGAAAAUGAACUCUGGCUUGCUAUGGUUCUUCGAAAUAAAGUGUUGCUAGAUCUAAAACCUGCACAGCUUGCUGCUGUCUGUGGAAGUUUAGUUUCUGAAGGGAUUAAAGUUCGUCCGUGGAAAAAUAACAGCUUUAUAUAUGAACCUUCCAGUACUGUAAUAAAAGUCAUCAACUUUUUGGAUGAGCAAAGAAGCUCCCUUGUGCAACUUCAAGAAAAGCAUGGUGUAAAGAUAUCAUGCUGUUUGGAUAGCCAAUUUUCAGGCAUGGUAGAAGCCUGGGCUUCUGGAUUAACUUGGAGAGAAAUUAUGAUGGAUUGUGCAAUGGAUGAAGGUGAUCUAGCUCGCCUCUUACGACGGACGAUUGAUAUAUUAGCUCAGUUUUUCUUAAUUGCAGGUUCCGAAAUUGCCAGAUAUUGACCCAUUGCUGCAAAGCAAUGCGGUGACUGCAUCGAAUGUCAUGGACCGCCCACCAAUUAGUGAACUGGCUGGAUGAAUAUUAAAGAACCUUUCACGACAUUUCUAGAUUUGAGUAGUUAAAUUUCCAAGGUUGAUUGUUCAACGAUACUAGGUCGAGUAUUUCAUGUUGGCGGUUUUGCAACACUUGCAACUUCCGCUCAAUUGCUGCAAGGUGUGGCUGUGGAGGAAGGUAUUGAGCUCAAGUGAAUUCCAGUAAAAUGGUACCAGGGUUGCUCAUCUAGCCCCUUGGAAAGGCUAGUGAGUUUAUUAAACCUAUUUACAUUGUUCAUAAAGUCGAGCAAGCCUCUAUUCUUAACUGAAUGUAAGCAAACAGAUGUUCUGGGUCAAGCAAAAAUUAUGAUGGUUCAGGUAGUUGAGAUAAGUUUUCUGGUUCCCCAGAUGGAUUGGGACAGCUGUGUUUCUAUCUAAUUUAAUUAUAGGUUUAAUUAUAGGGUAAAUUACACUGACACUCCCUGAAGUUUGGUCCAAUUACAUUUCAUUCCUUGACGUUUUAGAAAUUAUAUUUUCACUCCUGUGGUUAAUAGUCUCAUUUUACAAAUCCUCUUGUUUAUAUAAAAGGUAACAACUCUUAGUAAAAAAAUAAAGGAAAUUAUAUUUGAAAAAAAAAAUAAAACAAAGGAAAGAAAAAAAAAAAUAGAGGAAAUAAAUCAAAGUAAGAAAAGAGGGAGUGCAUGAGUUCAAUGUUUUCAUUAUGUUUAAAUAAUUUCAAUGAUAGAGGAUUAGUAUAAUUUUUCAAAUGUUAGGGGGUGAUAUAUAUUAAAUUCAAAUCUCAAAGAGUGUAAGUGUAAUUUAUCCAUAAUUAUAUUAUUGGAUAUUUGUAUUUUGCAAGUAGGUGUAAAUAUCAAGAUGUUUAGGCUCAUGAUGUUGGAUUUUCACACUGUAAUAAAAAAUCUUACGUUUUUAGCAA